AUGUUAAAAAUAAUUUUUAUAUCUUUAUCUUUAAUAAUUAUAAUAUCUUUAAUUAAAUCUUCAUUUUAUAAAAUAAUUUUUAAAAAUUAUAUAUUUAUACUAAAUAUUAUAUUAAUUUUAUUAAUUAAUAAAGUAAAUAAUUAUUAUAAUAUUUUUUAUUCAUUAGGAAUAGAUUCAAUUUCUUUAAGAUUAAUAAUAUUAAGUAUUUGAAUUUUAAGAAUUUGUUUAAUAGCAAGAAAUAAAGAACUAAAUAAAUAUUAUAAAAAAAUUUUUUUAUUAAUUAUAUUUUCUUUGUUAAUAAUUUUAAUAAUUACAUUUUUUUCUAUAAAUUUAAUAUUAUUUUUUAUUUUUUUUGAAUUAAGAUUAAUUCCUAUAAUAUUAUUAAUUAUAGGAUGAGGUAUACAAAUUAAUCGUAUUCAAGCUUCAAUAUAUAUAAUUUUUUACACUUUAUUUGGAUCAUUACCACUUUUAAUAAUAAUUAUAAUAAUAUAUAUUAAAAUAAAUACAUUAAUAUUAAAUAUAUUAAAUAUAACAAAUUUAAAUAAUAUAAUAAAUUUAUUUUAUUAUAUAAUUUUAAUUACAGCUUUUUUAAUCAAAAUACCAAUAUAUUUUAUACAUUUAUGAUUACCAAAAGCACAUGUAGAAGCUCCAAUUAGAGGAUCAAUAAUUUUAGCAGGAAUUAUACUAAAAAUAGGAAGAUAUGGGAUUUUUCGUUUAAUAUUAAUUUUUCCUAAAUUAUUUAUUAAAUUUAAUAUUUUUUUAAUAAUUAUUAGAAUAAUUGGAAGAAUUUAUAGAAGAUUAAUUUGUUUAUCCCAAAGUGAUAUAAAAAUUAUUGUAGCUUAUUCUUCAGUAGUUCAUAUAAGAAUUUUAAUAGCAAGAAUAAUAAGAAUAACUCAAUGAAGAUUUUUUAGAAGAAUUAUAAUAAUAAUUGCUCAUGGAUUAUGUUCAUCAGGAAUAUUUUGUUUAGUUAAUAUAAAUUAUGAUCGAAUUCAUUCUCGAAGAUUAAUAAUUAAUAAAGGUAUAAUAAUAAUUAUACCAAGAAUUUCAUUAUGAUGAUUUUUAUUAUGUACUUCUAAUUUUUCAGCUCCUCCUUCUUUAAAUUUAUUUAGAGAAAUAAUAUUAUUUAAUAGAUUAAUUUUAUGAAAUAAUUUAAUUAUUCCUAUAUUAUUUAUAGUAAUAUUAAUUGGAACUUCUUAUUCAAUUUAUUUAUUUGCUUUUUCUCAAUACGGAAAAUUAUUUAAAAAUAUUUUUAAUUUUAAAAUAAUUUCAAUUCAAGAAAUAUUAAUUUUAAUGUUACAUUGAGUGCCUUUAAAUAUUAUUUUUAUUCAAAUAAUUUUUUUAAUUUAA